CCAGUGCCAAGCCAAGCCACAGGCAACUCGGCAGCAGUCGCCGGCCCAGCUGGCUGCUUCGAAGCUGAGCGCCAAUUUAUCGUAGUUCAACAACUUUCUCGAGGCUGCUUCGCCGCUGAUCUACGUUCGAUCACCUUCGCCAAAAGAUAUGUCUCGGCCUGCGACGCAGAGCAGUGCUUCGAAGCCCAAGCGCGGGCCCGGGGAAGCCGGAAAGCUCUACUUGGCUGCGUACAAUUUUUUCCAGUGUGCCGGAUGGAGCUACAUUCUGUUCUGCACACUACAGUACCUGAUGCACAAGCGGACCUUCAAGGGCCUGUGGCCAGUGGUUGCAUGCCCCACUGAAAUCUUCCAAACACUGGCACUGCUUGAGGUGGUCCAUUGUCUUGUCGGUCUCGUGUCCAGCAAUGCUUUCCUGACGCUCAUCCAGAUUCUCUCACGACUCAUGGUCGUCUGGGGCAUUCUCGUGCCUGUGCCUGAGUGCCAGGACCAGUUCGGCAUUAUGAUGCUGUUGGUCGCGUGGUGUCUGGCAGAGAUCACACGAUACGCGUUCUACGGCACCACGCUGUACAACUCUUGCCCAUACCUGCUGUCCUGGUGCAGGUACUCCUUCUUUCUGGUGCUGUAUCCAACUGGUGUUUCGGGUGAGAUUGUGACAAUGGUGGCGGCCUUGCCGUACAUCCGCAAGCGAGGCCUCUUCACGUACCCUCUGCCGAACCAGCUCAACUUCUCCUUUGAUUACUACACAUUCGUCAUCCUUGUCAUUGCCUCCUACCUGCCCUUCUUUCCCCAGCUGUUCGGCCACCUGCUGAAGCAAAGGAAACGCUUCCUGUCUCCUUCCGAUGACUCCAAGAGAAACUGAGGACAGGAAUUUCCAGCGCUUCCUCUGGGUGACUGUUGCAUUUGCACAGCUGAAGCACACAUGAUGCUUCCUACAAAGGAGUUGUUUUGGAGGAGCUAUCGAACACAGAACAUUCCAGGCAAACAUGUUAUGGUCUUGUCUGCACAAACUGUUUCAGGCAUGCUGUUUUCAUGCUGGCAAAGGACCACAAGGUGGUUUCAGAUCAUUUCAUUGGGAACAGCUGUUUGCUCUGGCUGUGUGUUUUUUUCACUGUUUUUAAAAUAAAUAUUGACCGGGAGCGACUCUUCAGAA